GCUCAGAGUUUGCCUGACCUUAAACAGUUAGUGUCGAAAGGACGAUAAUAUAAUUUAAGUUCUAAACGGUUAUCAAGGCUUAACUGCGGGGAAAGCUCACGAAUACUAUGACGAUACUUUAAAUGAAAGAUGACAGGCUACAAAAUUGGCCUCCUCCUAACUGCGUUAUUUUACUCUUUCGUUGGAGCCUCCAUCACAACAGGUGACAGUGAUAAUUCAACAACAACGGUGGCGCGACAGUUCAUUCUUCCACCCAGGAUCCAUCAGAUCAGUCCGUUCGCCGGUACCACAUCAGCCACUGACCCGUCACUUCUGGCCUUCCAUGGGAUUCCUGCAAGUUCUGAGGUAACUUCAGAGCAGGUUGAAAAUCAAAUUGCCCAUUUGAACGAACUAACUCAGCAGCUUCGUGGUAUGCCACAGUCUCCUUCUAUUACACAAGCAGGCAAAGGCCUACCGAUACCACUUUCCAGAUAUGCUUCACAGAUAGAGAGAGGAGCGUCUGAAAAUAGCGUUAGCCGUCCAUUAGGAGUUGAGCCAAGCUAUUAUAAAAACAUAGCAGGAAAUCCAUUGACAGGACCCAAUGGAUUAACAAAAGACGUCCUUUCAGAUCUGAUGUUUGGAAAUCUUAAAAGCCUGGCGUCGGUGGGAGGAUUAACAACGAAUAGUCCACUAGAAGAGAAUACCUUGUCGCCUCAAAUGAUUGGAAACUCUGAAUUGAGAAGAUUUAACAAUCCCUUACUUGAGGAAAAGCUGGCAAACUCACAAUCAGGAAAAUCAGGCCUUGGUCUACCCCUCCCGCCGAAUGAAAAUAUGGAUUUCAAUGACCUACCGAACAGUGACCUCGACAACAUAAACAAGUCCCCAUACCUCCAAUCGAGACAUCACGCGAAAAGCAAAAAGAAAAAGAAAGAUAAUAAGUCUGACGUUGUCACAAAAUUACUGCUCUCUCUAUUGGUUGACAAAUUAAAAGACAUCUACGAAAUGGAUAGAAUAAACAGCUCACAACGUAAGACCGUGACGUUGAAGCUGGAUUCGUCAACAGUAGGGAAAAUAGAGAACACUUUGAAGGAACACGGCCAUUCGUCUGACCAAAACAAACUUAGCUCUGGAAGAGAUGUGAGUAAGGACACCAAAACAUCUGGAAACUUCGAAACUAAUCUCUCGUUCCCACUAACCUUUUCUGAUACUAAAGGGACUCAGUUAUCACUUGUAGACUCCCCGAAGAAUGCAAAAGAUGACAGUUCUUUACCUGAUGCCGACACGAAAAACAUCGAGAAUAUAAUCAAAGGUAUCGAAAAUGGGAGUAAAAAGUCUAAUGAAACCAGAAGAAUCAGAAUUGAUUCAGGUAACAGUCCUCAAGAAAUCUCCCAAAAGACAACUAAGGCUCUUUCGCCAGACAAAUACCGCCUUCAAACGGGAUCUACAUCCGAGUUCCAUCGUGUUAAAAUGGAACCUACAGGUGAAUUGGGAAAAACUGCUACUAUACCGAGUAUUUCUGAUUAUCAUCCAACUUUAGAGGUUUCCAAGGCAAACCCUCCGUCUGAACAAAUGUUUGAAGUACAUACUGACAAAGCAACAAUAUCGGCGUUACCUACGUUUUCUAUAUCCACUCUAUUAAAUCAAGAAAUACCUGGAAAUGUCAAAGGAAGUAACCGAGUCAUAAAUGUGGAAAAGGAAAACGAAUCCGGGCGUUUUACUGGUUCUAAUUCAGCAACAAUACCUGUCACUACUACUGAAACUGAAGAACACAAUCGUGUAACAACAAGCGCUAAUGAAAACGACGCCGCUAAUUACCUUGAGGCUUCUAGAGUUCUGGGUGCUGUGUUCAAUAAAGUGAAGGAUCCUCUAGCUAGGAAAAGCGUUGAAGUCGCUAUUAAAGCAAUGUUGAAGUUAAUGAAGUCAGAUAAAACUUAUUCUAAAAAGGAAUCAGUUCCAUCAUCCAAAAGCUCAGUGAUACUCCAGGAAAAAGUAAAAAAGCUGAUGAAAACUAUCGAUGAACUUUCUAGGAUGGUUCAUGUUGAAGACGAGUCUCCGCGUAAAAAGCACAAAAAAUAUUCGCAUGUAAAGCGCAAGCUUUUUCGUAAGCGGUUUUCAUAUAAACGUAUAAUUCAUCACAGGUCACGUGUGGGGAUGGAUCAUCUUAAGAGAACACACUGAUGGAAUAAUUAAGAGUUUUGUUACAUUAGUGAUACCAAAUCUUGGGAGAGUGAAUAAUCUGAAUACUCGAUAACUAUCAUAUGAUCAAAGAUGAAAUUUAGUUCACCUGAUCAAAGCGGGUCCCCGAGCCAAUAGCGUUCUGAUUUUUUGUCGCUUUGGUACUCAUUUUAUGCUUCAUUUGGCUCUUUACAAGGAUAACCUAUUAAGCUAAUCGACACCUAUGUUAUAAGAAGCUCUGAAAUUUGUUUAUUCCUAUUGCAUCAUAGAAUUAAUAGCAGCAAUUUCAUCAAAUGACAGUCAGAUGAGCCAGAUUGUAUUUCUCUGAAUUUAUUUUGAGAACUAAAUAGUAAAUAGGAAUAGUAUUUUAUUUACGAGAUAUAAGACAAGUCUAUUGGGACUUUGAACUGAUCGGCAAAAGCUCGGUUACAACGGUUAUGAUUGUUGAUGAUUGUUCCUUGAUUCCUGCUGUCACUCACUCUGAUUACACAAACAACAACAAACAAACAACAAACCUUUAAAAUAGCAAAAAAAUAUCAAAAAAAUUCUAAUAUC